AUGGAGAGGCUGCUGAGCGGUGGCGAUGGCAGGGAGGAUCCCUCGCAGCAGUCCCUCGCUCGUUCUGGCGCCGCAAAGCAUGUCGAUUGGAGACUGUAUUCGGCUGUACAGCGCCAGCUGGUGGCUGCCCAGGCGCGCCGGCGCCGGGCGCACUUACUUCGCCCAGCCGGCGCCGCCAUCUCGCGUUUGCAGGCAGCGGGGCGCGCCCGGGCUGGCGGAGGCACGCUGCGUGUCCAUGGCGGCUGGCCGGUGCUCGCGAUCCGCGGAGCUGAGCAGCCUGCCCCUUCAGCCGCCACCCCGAGCUCGGCGUCGGCCAGCUGCAGCCCAGCACACAGCACAUCCCAAACACGUCCCAGCGGAGAAGAGGGGGAAGAGCGUCUCAGCGGAGGAUCUGCACAGACCAGCUCGCAGCCCCGCCAACGGAACAGCGGGAACCCCGCGACUGGGCCUUCUUCGUCCCUCGGCCGGAGCUCACGGCCCGGCCGGCGGAGACUGUGCUUGUGGCAAACAUGCUAUGCAAUUGCGGGAAAGACUGCCCGGGUUUCCCGUGAUGCAUAA